AUGGAUUUCAUAGUGGGAUUGCCGAAGGUGGGAGGCCUUGGCAACAUCAUGGUCGUGGUAGACCGCCUCAGUAAGUAUGCAGUAUUCAUGCCUACCCCAACCCAAUUUGAUGCUAAAGAGGUUGCUCGAUUAUUCUUCAGGGGAGUAGUAAAGUAUUGGGGGUUGCCGAGAGACAUUGUCAGUGACAGGGACAAAAGUGAGGCAACGGGAGCAAAUCUCUUUGAAAUUGCUACGGGACAGCAGCCCCUCACCCCAUACACGGUGGCAAUUCCUUAUAAGGGUCCGAAUCCAACAGCCUUUCGGUUUGCUAAGGAGUGGAAGGAGAAAGUGGAGCUAGCAAAAGCCUUCUUGGCUAGGGCUUCCAGAAAAAUGAAGAAAUGGGCCGAUGCUAAGCGGAGAAACUUAGAAUUUGAUGUGGGAGACUUGGUGCUAGUGAGGAUGUUCCCUAGAACUCAUGGCAAACGGCACAAAGGGUUAUUGAGGAAAUAUGAGGGACCAUUUCCGGUGGAGCAAAGAAUUGGGAAAGUAGCUUAUCGUGUGAAACUGCCAGCACAAUUGGAGUGCCAUCUGGUGUUCCAUGUUAGUCUCUUGAAGCCAUACCACACCGACCAAGAGGAUCCAGCCAGGAAUAAAUCGAAAUGGGCACCAGUUGCAGUGACAAGCACAUUAGAACAUGAGCCCGAAGAGGUGAUAGCACAUCGGGUUGUUCCUCCAUGGGGCACCCACCCUGGUUAUGUGGAAUAUUUAGUGAAAUAG